AUGAAUUCAUCAACUAUGCGUUCUUCAUCAAAUCGUCCAAUAAAUGGAUUUUGUACAAUAGAUGGAGCAAAAGCCGUAGCUAAACGUUUCUUUGAAGAUUACGAUAAAGGAAAUAAAUAAAGAUUAGAUAAUGUAGAUGUAUGUCCAAUUAUAAUUGAAGUUUAUAAGGCUUUUAAUUAAUUUUAUACUCCUUCUGGUGAAGAUGUUAAAUCUUAUCAUAGAGUUUUGGAUGGAAAUGGUGAUGGAUAAGUUACUUAUUAGGAUAUAGAAGAUAUUUGUAUUAGGUAUUUGUGCGGCGGAUAAAGCUAAGAGAAUAGAGAGGUUAUCAAAAGAGCAGCAAAACCUAGAUAUACACCAGAAGUUGAAUAAAGGUUAAAUGUAGCUAGAAGACUUUUUAAAAGAUUCGAUACUGAUGGAUCUGGUUAAUUGAAAGAAAAUGAAAUAGCAAAUCUUUUAGUCGCUACUUAUGAGGAAAUGGGAAUAAAGGGAGUUACUGUGAGUGCAGAAGACGUUGAAAUAUGGCUAGAUAUGGCAGAUUCUAAUAGAGAUGGGGGUGUUUCUUUAGAAGAAUAUGAAUAAGUUGUAAUUAAAUCUUUAAUUAAAAUGGGAAUUAAAGUUGAAAAUGAAUAAAUGGUGAUUUGAUUUUAUUAAUAUUUA